CAGACCUCUCGAAAGCCAGGGCGAACGCUGAUGGAAAUUUGGUAGACGAGGAUGGAAACCUCAUUCUCGAUGAAUAUGGGAAACCGAUUCCAGAUCCGAAGAUGGAUAGCGUGAGACCCGGGGAUACUGAAGAUCCGUUACUUCAUCUUCAGUUUUUAUGGCCAUAAUGAUAAUGGGCACACAACUUGGAGUUGAUCAUAUUUAAUUUCAGCGUGACUACUAAUCUUGAGAUUUUCAAGUAGUGCGUGAAGAUGUACUUAAUACUUUGUAAUUCGUCGCGAGAGAAGGUAUACUACAUCUCAGUCACGGAAAGAUGUUAUCGCAACUCUUUUUUCUAAUCCAGCUGCAGCGCGAGCGUCCCGAUUCUCAAGGCUCUCGUCCUCAUACGUCGUCCACUUCCGUAAGCUCCGACAAUACCGCUAAGGAUCUCGCACGUCAAGCAGGUGCUCUCAAAAAGGCAGAGCGACUUGAGAGGAAACACACAAAGGCUCUGAUGGUAGAACAAGGCUUGCUGGAUCCAGAGGAAGCUUUGCGCGAAACUCUCUCCGAUGAAGAAUACAGUCACCAUCUAGACGAGCGGACUGGCAUGUGGUAUCGCGUCGAUACCGACGAGGAGGAUUUGAUGGUUAUGGAGGCUAGUACUGUAGAAGAAGAUUAGAAUACAUAUGUACAUUCUCAAGCUACGGGUUUGUUUUCCCUCAUAGACUAGGGGCUGUAUCGGUAUUGUCCCUACAUGCACCAAUUAAACCUAUAAAUAUCUCCAUUUUUCUGAAAAAUGUCUGUCAAACUCGGAAAUAAUAAAAACUUCUGUUUCAUCUUCUCUCCCACCUUGUCGGACUCUAACCUUUCCAUAGGUAAGCGUCGCAGUUGGGUGUUCGACCGGCACGGAGCACAAGAUUAAGGGUACACCUUUAAGGUGCUUUUCUUACCGCUUUUUAUGCCUCUCUCAUCCUAAGGGAGAGAGAAAGGGGGAUAAAAAGCGGGGGAACCCGCAAGCACCAAAAGCCUACCUCUAACAAGAGUUCCGCGGUAAGCUGCGCUGGGCCCGUGAAUUCAUCCCUGUUCGCGGAACAGAUGCCCUAGUCCUGGGUUUAGGCCAGCGGAACUUCCAACUGGGGGAAAUUGUCCAUCGUGGUGUACCUGCUGAAGAGCUGCAUCCUUCGGGUAGACCGCUAGUGAAGAUCCAGAAAAGCAUCAUGCAUGAGGGCGAAGAGUUCUAUCCCACGAUUGGGCCACCGUCACCGUUGCUAGACAAAAUCGGAAAUCCGAAACAGGUAUUUUUACUUUCACCUUUUCUCGUGGUGCUGAUGGACAUCUGAAUUUGAUUUGCUCACAUCGAGUUCUGUCAGACCACGUCUCUACGGUCACCAUGAACGGUGAUAACAGGGACAAUAGCAUGCAUUCUUAAGCAGGUCAUUAGCUUUCUUUAUCCACUCUACUUAUCAUUGAUGAAUUCUUUAGCUACUCUUCAUCGUGAAGAUUUUGAUCACCCUUUACCUUUUCCCUCACUCUCAACACAGACUUUCUGGUCGCGCAAGCUCAAGGAGUACGAGGCUGAAAUCCUGACAGAGGUCGAGAACAUCCGCAAGGUGAUCGAGAAAGAGAAGGUCCCCUUCAUUCUCAAACGCGAACGACGCGAAAAACUGAAGACCAGAGUUCAGAACCGACUCAAAUUCAUGAAGUCCAUGGGCAAGAUGCUUGGGUCGACGUUAGACGAGCAAGUGAACGACCUCAUCGCGAAAGCACAGAUUAAGGGUAGGUUAAAGGUGCUUUUGUUACCGUUUGUUAUGCCUCUCUUAAGGGGGACAGCCAUAACAUCAAGCGGGAUAUGGAUAAACGAACACCAAAAACCUACUUACCUCUAAACAGAGCAGUGCUAUGGUUGACACUGGUGAGCUCGCUGAUGGGGAGGCCUCGCCGCAGGGAAAGCGUGGCAGCAUCAUGCGCAUGGGCUGUCUCCAGGAGAUGAUUGCGCAGAACAGGGCAGCGAGAGGAGAAGUUUCUCCAAUGGGCACACGAAGUCCGUUUGGCGUGCGAGGCAUGAUGGGUGCAUUGAAGGAGCAGAUAAAGAAGGAAGAGGAGGAGGAAGAGUCGAAACGAAAGGAGUUCUUGGCAAAACAAGAGGCUAAGGAGAAGGAACUACAACGAAUCCACGAUGGUGUCGAGGAAAAGGGUUUCGGGGAUGUAGGGAAGAAGGAAGGUGAGCAAGUAGAUGGUGAUGGGCAACAGGCCGGUCAACAAGCUGGUGGUGGAGAUCCUAGUGCUGCUACUGCUUUCAACCCAGACGACCCUCUAGCCGAAUUCGAGGAUCCGGAGGAGAAAGAAAAACGACUAGAGCUGCAGAGACAACAGGAAGAAGCAACACGAAUCCAGAAACUAAGAGAAGAGGGCCUCCUAGAAGGCGCUGAUGAGCUGACUGAUUCUCAAAUUUUACUGGCUAAGAAUAUGGUGGGCGAGAAAGCAGACGAAGACGAUGACGAACAAAUGCCAGUCCAAGCAACGCUCACAGCUGAAGAUCUCAGUCUUGACGACAAGAUGACGAUCCUCCAAAGAGCGGGUGUCGUAGCACCAGAAGAUAACCCGCUAGCAGAGUUCUUGGCUAGUGUUCCGGAUGAGUUCCAAUUAGACUCACACAGUGCCAGUAGUGGUGCAAUUAGUCGCGAGGUCACAACUGGAAGCGAUCCCAAUAAUCCCAAUGUUGCUGGAACGUCGCGGCUUGACGAUGCCACAGCAUUUGGCGGUACCAACCUCGAUAGAAUGCAAUCAGCAGAGCCAGACGCACUCGUAGUAGAGGAUGUACCCUCAUCACCGGUUAGAGCCGGCCCUCAAGGAGUCACACUUCCACCACUAAGUCCUCAGCGAGGUGGAAGCUCUUCGAGUUUGUUGUCAGGCAGUCAGCAAGGCGAAGAUGGUGCUGCCAAUAACGCAACGAAUCUCGUCGGGAGCUCUUCACCAUCACCAAUACGUGCUCGCGGAACUGCCAUCAACAACAGUCCUGCGAAGAAGGCGAGUCUGACGCGUGCCGAUGAGAAAAAGAUGGAAUCGAUGCUCGAGAAUCUAAACAAAAAACUAGAUCAGCAUGGCCUAGUGAUUCCGGAUGACGUCGACAACAUGGACACUUUCGACCCAACACCGUUGCCGACUGUUAUGUUGACAAUGUCAGUGAUGUCUCACAACAAACUGUUUGUACAACUACGUGUAGAAAAAUGUUGUUGAAGUCGAUGACCAAGAGGCAGCGAACAAUAUCAUGAUUGUUGGUUCGUUGUACAGCGAUUCAUUCUCUUAGUAACAAGAACAACGAACUUUUAUGUAUACAACUUCCUCGUCCUCAUCAUCAAGUGCUUCCUCGUUCUCUUCUAAGAUCAUGGGCGACAGUCUCGAAUAUUUCCCUGCCGGAUCAACAGAAGGCUCCGGAGACGUCGCGUUGACUCAAAUGACGGAUCCUUCGGUUCAAAAACUGUCACUUCGUGAACGUUUGAUCUCUAGGAUGAAUCAAGUUCGGAAAUCUUACUCUGUGAAGCGUGGCAUCUUUGGCAGUACUGUCAAAGAGGUAUUCGGAGAAGAGCAGGACGCCUACAUUCAGCCGGAAAAAAAUUAUGUCUAGUUGGAAGAGUUUUGUUGAAGCGCUUUGAUUCUGUGAUUUUUUCGUAUCUCUUCCCUACUAGUACAAGAACUAGCUACUCUCUCACCUAUAAUAUCCUACUCUCUCACGGACAAAAAAAAAUAACUCCCACCUCCUUGCUCUAAAAGGCAACCCGCAUUAUCAAGAUGCGAGCCGUGAACGAGAAGAUACUUGCGACUGCGGAGUUGGAGCGAGUGAUGGCAUCGUAUCAGGUGGAAACGCCUUGGUUCAAGUUGGAGGACAGCGUGAGGAUGGCAGAUAUUGGAGGCGCAGCCUUGGUCGUCAUCCGACGAAAAGAGUACUUCCAGAGAUGGGACACGGAACUAGAUGGGCAUAUCGAUCGAGUAAUCGCGGAGGCAGAAGCUGCGGCUGAUUAUGACUCCUCAUGUCCAUAUUAGAUUUUGACAGGCUGAUCAUGUUCAUGUCCAUAUUUGUUAGAUAGAUUCUUGUGACAGGAGGAGCUCACUCUCAUUGCUUGAUUCGCUCAUGAUCCUCACAAAUUCUCACUUUUUUCGAUCAAUAAGUACCUUCUAUCUACUGCUUUUGUCUAACCCAAAGAAGCCAAGCGUGCCCGUUCCGAACGUGCUAUGACGAAGAAGCAAAUCGAGGCUCAGAAGAAGAAGGAGGCGAAGGAAGCCAAACUCGCAGCCCUCAACGCUGGUAAGAAGAAAAAGGGCAAAAACAAGGGAGACCAGGCUGCGUCGGACAUGGCAACUUCGUCUCCAUCUCCCUCUCCAAACCAUUCGCCUCCGGCGACUCCACGCGGUGUCCGCUUCCUCCCACCAGCUUCGCCUGAUGGCACAGGCGCCAAACUAAGUCCAAGAGCUUUGUCGAGUCAGCAGCUGCAUCCCUCGCAUUUGUGCGAGAUGGCAGUGCGCGGUCAAUAUUCGAGUACGACGAACGUCGCAGAAGGCGCAGAUCAGCCGCCAUGGGUCAGCCAUCAGUGGUUCAAGUGGGAUCCUAAUGCUGCGAAGAAAAAGAAGGAUAAGAAAAAAGACGCGAAAGAAGACAAGAAAAAAGACAAGAAAAAGGAUAAGAAAGGAGACAAGGAUAAGAAAAGUCUGAAGGGGAAAUAGCAGAAGCAUGCCAGCACAUACUUUUACUUACUAAUACAAAUACAAAUACUAAUUUGGCUUACAACGUUUGAUGAAAGAAAAUGUAUAACUGCAAGGAAAUAGUUUAGAGGUUUACGUACUACUCUGAUUGAAUUAUUAUUUGGUUUUUACGUAUAAUGCAAUUCAUGAAAAGAUACAAGUAAGCAGCUACUCGAAUGAAGAUAGAGUCUUAUUAACUCACUGAAGAAUCGAGCAUCAACAUAAGACACACUUGUACUAGAGGUAUUGUAGUAUGUUGGAAACACUAAAAGCUAUCAUGAAGUGUUAAAACGUAAAUGUACACAGCAUUGUUCAUCUAUUUGGAAAUUAUUCGUCUUUUACUUUUGUCUGGGAUUGAUUACUUCGGAAGAUUCAGCUUAUUGUCAAAAAAUUUUGAGUAGUCAAUGACCUUGAAGACCAUGUUUAGUUUUAUCAAUUCUUGGAAAAUAUAAUCUUAUUCGCUUUCGCACACCGUUGUAGUUUAGUAUCUAUGGAACAAAUCGUCAUCUAGAGAUAUAAUGAAACUGAAAUUCUUCGUUAACAUUGCUAAUUCUGAAUCAUUGUGUUUGUAAUAUUUAGGUAAACUACGUAAAAAUAAUCUCGACAUUAAGUUUAGGCAAUAAAUGAACAUUUGAUGUAAUUCAUGCAAGAGCUAUCGUCGAUCAUCUGAAACUGAAAUAUGAACAUUAUCG